UCCCAAUCUGAUGAGGGCUCCUCACAUCCUGGAAUCCCUGUCUCAAUCUGAUAAGGGCUCCUCACCUCUCACUUUCACUUUCAUAGCUCCUUAAUAAUGAUUGCCUCUCCCCCCAGCAACUACUGUUAUAUCAAGCUUUAUUUAUAUAAAAUAACUCUACCUCUCACAAGCUCUAGGUAUUAGUUAUAUCGUCACCACUCCCUCCCCGACUUUCCCUGGGAGUUGCUUUAAAUAAAGGAAUCUGGAAUUCAUACAUUUGAGCCAUCUCAGAAAAUCUGCUAACUCCAAUGCCUCUCAUAUCCCGACUUCCUGGCUUCCCAAAUUCUCCUCAGACCCUUGUUCCUCGCUCUCUAGUAAUUCUUAAGCUCAACAUCAGCACCUUUCAUGACCCACAAGGGUUUCUACUCCCUUUGCCCCACGACUUAAUGACUUUUCUCAUCCUGUUCAUGACUUUCGACCUCUUUUCCCCUUAGACCUUGCCCCUUCAGUGGGAGGGACGUAUAUACCUUUUUUAAAUUCCUGUUUGAGGCUCUUGUAAUAAAAGAUUAACAAGUGAAAAACAUGUAAGUUUAUUUAGUAUAACUUAUGCGAUGGAAGGCUCUCAGUUAAGGAGGUGGAGAUCUGCAGGUUAAACCCACAUAUUUUCAUUCUAGACCUGCAGAAGAUGGCUAGUUCAAGAAAAAUGUAAGGCCGAGAAAGUGCACUAAAUGGGGGUAGGGUAACAUAACAAGCUCCAGAUGUCCAGGCUCUUACCUGUGGCCUGCAUCUUUAAAAAGAAGGAUGCCUUUUUCCGCUGGGUAUAGGGAGGGCAUCUAGCCGGUGAUGGUCUUAUGACUUGCUUCAGAGGAGAAGAUAAGAGAGACCUUGGUUCUCGUGUCCUCAAAUCACUGUGCUUUGGGGUAGCAUGUCCUGAACCCAAUUAACCUUAACACCUGUCAUGCUAAGCAAGCACUGUACCACUGAGCCAUAUUCUCAGCCCCUGUGUCUGUCCUUUGCUCAAGUUUGGGACCUUGGGGCUCCCAGCUCUCAGUGGUGCCACUGACAUUACCCCCAGUCCAUUCCUGGUGCAUAGGCCUGAGGCAUCUGUGUCCCGAUGCUAUUGGAAGCCUGUUUGAGUGUGCAUCCUAGCUCCUCCACUCACUUCUGCCAUCCUCAGCCACAUCCUGUUCCCAGAAACCUCUAAUGAGUUUUUCCAGUGACCUUAUAAUAUGCCCAGCUUCUGUGAAAUGAGUCACUUCUGCCCAGCAGUCCCACUCAUAUAUCUAUGCACUUGCCCAUUCCAAGAGCUCACCUUUCUGCCCGCACCUCUGCUCAGAUGCUGAAUCUCGUCCCUCAUAUUCAUCAGAUGCCUUUCGUACAGCGUCAACCUCCUCCUCCUUCUCUCUCCUUCUCUCUUGUUUCUGUCAGUGAGCUUCGUCACCUCACAGAUCUUGGUAACAAGUUGAUUACAUUGUAACUCUCCCUCCCACAUAGCUCUGCUCUGGCACUGGCACUCUCCCUGGCUCUGAGUUCUGGGGCUGCCGCUCUGAGUCCUGUAGGGCAGACAUCCUAUGCGUCUGGUUUGUCCUGAGAACUGCACUCUUCUCGGGGACCAUCUGAUGGAUUCAGAUACUAAGCCCCGAGAGGGCCUGUCUUGAGGACUUCCCUUGGAAGUCCUGCAGCAUUGAUUGGCUGUGUCUCCUGAGCACACUCUUGUUCCCAGCCUCUUUAUGCAGUUGUUUUGCUGGAGAUCCUCAGAGGAUAGACUGUUGUCGGCUCCCCUGGCACUGAAUUAGUCCUAUUGUUUUCCAAGCCCUGGCUCCCCUCCCCCUGGAAGCAGGAUGAUUGGUGACCCAGAAGGAAAUCUCUGACCUCAGUGGUGGCCAGAAGCCAACUUCAUGUCUGAAGACACAAGUGACAGCUUGUCAUGGAAAGCUUGGGGCUGCAGACGGUGACCCUGAGUGACGGGACGACAGCCUACGUCCAGCAAGCUGUCAAAGGGGAGAAGCUGCUUGAAGGGCAAGUGUUCCAACUGGAAGACGGGACCACUGCGUACAUUCACCAGGUGACGAUACAGAAAGAGUCUUUCUCCUUUGAGGAUGGUCAGCCUGUGCAGCUGGAGGAUGGCAGCAUGGCCUACAUACACCACACACCCAAAGAGGGCUAUGACCCCAGCGCCCUGGAAGCUGUCCAGCUGGAAGACGGCUCCACCGCCUACAUUCAUCACCCUGUGUCUGAGCCAUCGGACAGCACCAUCCUGGCUGUGCAAACAGAGGUGGGCUUGGAGGACCUGGCCGCGGAGGAUGAAGAGGGCUUCAGUGCAGACACAGUGGUGGCCCUGGAGCAAUAUGCCAGCAAGGUUCUGCAUGACAGCUCGGCUCCCCAUAAUGGCAAAGGGCAGCAGGUCGGAGACAGAGCUUUCCGAUGUGGCUACAAGGGUUGUGGACGUCUCUACACCACCGCCCAUCACUUAAAGGUACAUGAACGGGCUCACACGGGUGACCGUCCAUACAGGUGUGACUUCCCCGGCUGUGGAAAGGCCUUUGCCACAGGCUAUGGGCUAAAAAGUCACGUCCGUACUCAUACGGGUGAGAAACCAUACAAGUGCCCAGAGGAGCUGUGCAGCAAAGCCUUCAAGACCUCAGGGGACCUGCAGAAGCAUGUCCGGACACACACAGGUGAACGCCCCUUCCGGUGUCCUUUUGAGGGCUGCGGCCGCUCCUUCACCACCUCAAAUAUCCGCAAGGUACAUGUGCGCACCCACACAGGCGAGCGACCCUACACCUGCCCCGAGCCCCACUGUGGCCGUGGCUUCACCAGUGCCACCAACUACAAGAAUCACGUGCGCAUCCAUACAGGGGAGAAGCCAUACGUUUGCACGGUGCCAGGCUGUGGAAAGCGCUUCACUGAGUAUUCGAGCCUGUACAAGCACCACGUGGUGCACACACACUGCAAGCCGUAUACGUGCAGCAGCUGCGGCAAGACCUACCGGCAGACCUCCACCCUGGCCAUGCAUAAGCGCAGCGCGCACGGGGAGCUGGAGGCCACCGAGGAGAGCGAGCAGGCCCUGUAUGAGCAGCAGCUGGAGGCUGCCUCUGCCGCCGAGGAAAGCCCACCGACCAAACGAGCCCACAUUACUUACCUUUCGGAGGUGAAGGAAGAGAGCAGUGACAUCCCAACCCAAGUAGCCAUGGUGACCGAGGAAGAUGGGGCCCCCCAGGUGGCUCUGAUCACUCAGGAUGGUGCCCAGCAGGUCAGCCUGUCCCCGGAAGACCUGCAGGCCCUGGGCAGUGCCAUCAGCGUGGUGACCCAGCACGGCAGCACCACCCUCACCAUCCCCAGUCAUCCUGACGAACUGGCCACAGCUGGCACACAUACGGUCACCAUGGUCAGCGCCGAUGGCACCCAGACGCAGCCCGUCACAAUCAUUACCUCCGGGGCCUUGGUAACCGAGGACUCAAGUGUGGCAUCUCUUCAUCAUCAACAGGUGGCGCUGUUGGCCACAGCCAACGGAACACACAUCGCAGUGCAGCUGGAGGAGCAGCAGACCCUAGAGGAGGCCAUCAGUGUGGCCACCGCUGCCAUGCAGCAAGGGGCUGUGACCCUGGAGACCACAGUGGCGGAGAGCGGCUGCUGAGCCACAGACGACCGGCCCCCACACAGUGCCGGAGAAGGUGCCAGCUCACAGGUGGCCCUGCCUCGGAGCCCUGGCUGUGGCUGACCCCCAGAAGAUGGCCACAUAGGCCUCUGGGGUGAGAAGGCGGCAGGAAAAUGACCUCUGGUGGACAGGGCUGUGGGCCACACCCAGGAUGGGUGUCAGGCAGUGGGCAGUGGGGGCCGAGGACAACCAGCGUGGUCACCAGGCUGCCCUGGACACCUGCAUUCCUCCAGUGGGGGAAUACUCGCUUCUGUCCACUCCUUUCUCAGAGAGAUGGGGACUAGGUGGAUGAGGACUGGCCUCCACCCUGACUGGUCUACCACCAGGGGAAAGGUAGACAGUUCUUCAGCCCAGCGCCUCCCAGCAAUAACCACCUCCUGGGGGUAGGGUGGUCAAGAUGCCUAGCCACUUGGCACCAGGAACUUCCUGCCACCACAGUCAGAAUUAAUUCCUCAGGGGCCUGUGGCUGGAGUAGGUUCCCAGGCCGUGGCUCCCCAGUGGCCCUUUACUCUGUCUGUGGCAGAGAGACAGAGAAUGGCCUGUACUGCUGGGAUUGGGUUUAAUUUGUUUUGUGGUUUAGUUUUUUAAUUCUAUUUUGAUAAUUAUUUUUUUUCCUGCUCUGGGUGGUGGCGGCAAACGGGUGAAUGAGUAUUUAAUAAAAGUUGCAAGUUUC